AUGUCAUGGUUCAGUGGAAGCACGGUACCCGUUGCUGAUUUAGAGCUGAAAAUUAAUGAAGCUACUUCUGAAUCUAUCCCAAAUGGUGAGCUUGAUUUGGCCAUUGCCUUAGAAAUCACCGAUUUGAUUAGGAGUAAGAAAAUACCACCCAAGCAAUGUAUGAGAUCGUUGAAAAAACGGUUAACUGCUACACAUUCUAAUCCAAAUUUGCUUACCCUGACAUUGAAGUUAGUGGAUUUGUGUGUUAAAAAUGGGGGAUAUCACUUUUUGGUAGAAUUAAGUAGUAAAGAGUUUAUCGAUUAUUUGGUCGAUUAUAUAUUCAAGAUUCAUUACAACACUAAGGACUCGAAUGUAAUAGAGAAUGAGGCAAAAUUUAAGGUAGGUAGCUUUAUUUUAUCGUUGAUUAAGGACUGGACGCUAGUGUUUGAAAAUCAGGCUCUGUUGAAUUAUGUCGAGAGGAGUUAUCAUCAAUUAAUGAACCAAGGAUACGACUUCCCGGAGCUGGAAGUAGGGGGUCAAUUGUCGAAUAAUUUCAUUGAUUCAGAAGCACCGCCCGAUUGGAUUGAUAGUAAUGAGUGCAUGAUUUGCUAUAACCCAUUUUCAUUGAUGAACAGAAAGCAUCAUUGUAGAUCAUGCGGUGGCGUUUAUUGUCAAACCCACUCAUCUCAUAAUUCACCUUUGGUUGCUUUGGGGAUAAUGGAGCCAGUUAGGGUUUGCGAUAAUUGUUAUGAAAAGAUAAAAUCCAAGAAUAGUAAAAACUUGAGUAAAGUGAGACAUAAGAAAACCCCUUCUCACCCAACUGGAGAAAAUUUGGAUGAUGAAGACGAACAGCUAAGGAAAGCAAUUGAAUUGAGUUUAGAGGAAUCUCAGGUACCUGUUCGUAACCAAAUACCUCCCCCUAGAUCUCCUUCACCAGUGGCAAAUAAUGAAGCCGAUGAGGAAGAUGAGGAAAUGAAAGCAGCUAUUGCAGCAAGUUUGAAGGAGUUUGAGCAACAGGAAAAAAUGUAUAAACAACAGCCUGUUGAAUCACAGCAGGCACCGUACCAAGAGCCACAAUCUGAAUUUUAUAAGCAUAUUUUGCCAUUUGACCAACUGGAUCCAUCAUAUCAAAAUCAAGUACUGCAACAACAAUUAACACCAAUAAAUCAUGUUCAACAAUAUAAUGUAAAACCUCAAGCGGAGGACUUAAGUCAACAAGAAGAAGAAUCGAUUAACUUAUUCAUCACCCUUAUGAACAACAUCAAGAAUGAUCCAUCGAAACAAGCAAAUAUUUUAUACGACUCUAAUUUAAGCGAAUUACAUGGUAAAAUAAUUCAAUUGAAACCGAAAUUGAAUAAGUCAUUAAGAGCAUCUAUUGAGAAAUAUGAAACAUGCUUAGAAUUAAAUAAUAAGAUUUCAACUAUCAGUAGGCUAUACGACCAAUUCUUGGAGUCUAAGUUAAAUCAAGCUUACGGAAACCAUACUAUUUCGACUUCAUAUGGUGGACCUAACCAACCAAUUCAAGGACCAUAUCAUAGCCAAUCGUCUAAUGACUAUGUCCCAUAUCCGCUAGAUCAAAGAGUCCUGUCACCAUCUCAAUUUCAACAAAAUCAAUCUCGAACACAGAAUUACCCACCAGCUGGUUUAUCACACCAAACUACCGGGUACAACAAUUAUCCGUCAAUUGACCAAGCUACUGAGCAAUCAAGCCAACCACCAUUGGAAUCUAUACAAGGUCCACCGCAGCUGUCUCAAGAACCACCCCCAACUUCUUUUUAUCCCUCAUACUAUCAAGAAUCUGAUCAAGAGAGCACCAAAAAUAACCAAGAUAGUAGUACCACGCCAUACUAUUCAUCUCAAAAAGAAAAUGAGAGUGAUAGAAAUGAGCCCGCGUACCCUUAUCAAGCGACGUACCCUCCUCAAGACUCAAAUGGUUCUUUCAAUCAGAACACUCCCUCUCAACCAAGCUACAAUCCUCCUUUACCUACUGAACCUUCUUACCCUCCUUUUGAACAAGAUGAUGAUGCAGAAGAUCAUGCUGCUGCUAAGUUUCCCUCAAUUAAUCAGCUUAAUUCUGAUGAACAAUCUACUUAUAUAGAAAGUCAAGAAGAUUCAAAGGUACCAACAAUGCCAUCUAUGCCCCAAUUUGAUCAACCUAGUCAGGAAUCCGAGAGAAAGAGUAAAUUGGUAGAAGAACCAUUGAUUGAAUUGUAG